CGUUCUCACCCUUUCAAACUGGAAUGUUCAGCACCUCAUUUCUUCUUUUAAGUUCACUUUUCCUCUAACUUCUAUGAAUCAUUACGCUAUUAUACUUGUUGGAUUCUUCAUUUUGCAUUUACAACACAAGAAAAGUUUCGCUUCUGUGCUGUCGGCGCGAUGCAGAAGUCGCUGCCUUGCAAAGCAGGAGAUCGAAACACAUCUCAAUGUCACAUGGAUCUCUGAAUGUGUUACAGAGGGCUGUUCAGCAUGUAUGAAACCAUGUGAACAAAGAAAGAAAGAAAAGCUUUCAUGUGCAUCCAUAUGUGGGUCACCUGUGACACCAGUGAAGGAUAGAAAUGCAUGCACUGAGUCUUGUGGAUUUUUAAAAUUGAUGCGCACUGAGGGUGGUAACUCUUCCUGCCCAUUGGGAUCAACAAAAAGUCAAUGUGUGUUGAUGCAACCUGAAAAUGUGGAGGUCUCUAUAAAUGAUCAUUUGCAGAAAUUUUCUAUCAAGUGGAAUGGAUCAUGGCCAACUGCAACAGUUUUCAUUGUCUCAACAAGAAAGCAGAUAAAAGGAAAACAGUCAGACAAGGAUGCUUGGCAGGACUGGGAAGAAUCAAUACAGACUACACAUACUUCAGUGGAAGUUGAACCCAUGCCACUGUUUUGGCACCAGUAUAAAGUGGUAGCAGUGACACAAUAUGGUUCAAGUGCCUUCAGUAUCCCAAGUAAACCAGUUUUUGCAGAACCACAAAGACUACAGCCGCCAAGAGAUUUCCAUGUGGUGUCAAUGUACACUGUCAAAGGCCAAGCUCAGGUUGAUGUUUCAUGGAAGAAGCCAGUUAAUACCAUUGCUCUACCCAUCCACCGAUACAGACUGCAGUGGAGCCUGAGGCCAGACGUCCAUUUGGAAGAAUUCAUAACUUUGCCAGUCAGACAUGAGAGAUUAGGGGGGACAAUCCACAGGUUCACAAUAAGCAACCUGCAACCCAAUCGGACGUAUGUGCUUGAAUUACAAGCAAUCUCCCGCUACAAUAAGAAAAGAUUGAGAAGCCACCGGGUGUCUCUGAGAAUUCAAACACCUGCAGUGGCAGAAGUUAAGAAAAACAAAGGAAUUAAGAAUAGUGAGAAAUGGAACAAGAUUAUAAAUAUAAAGAAGAAAGCAACAGACAGUCAUACUGGUAGACCCACAACAGUGACAACGAUACCUGGAAUUAGUUUAGCAAAGAUGAGGUCAACUCAUCAGUCACAAGUCCCAAACUCUACCUUCAAUGCUGAAACACAAAAUAGUGGUGCUGGAUUAACAAGUAUAAUUACAAUGUUACAUGUGGGAAUAGCUUGGAUUGUUAUCAUGUGGUAGCUCUAAUCUGGUCUUUUAAAAAUAUAUUGUACAUGUAGAUAGAUUUUCACCAUUCAUACUGAAAACUCUUACUCUCCAAGUGAGCUGGGAUUUUCCCUAGACCACGGUUGACUUUUCCACUUAAAUCAUAGAACUGUUGACAUCUGUUGCAUGAUCACUGCAAGUGAAAAGCCUGCCACAAAUUCUUGUAAUGCAUGUACAUGUAGUGUAAACCACAACUGUUCAGUUUUGAAGUUGUAAAUUGAUUGGUGUAGCUUUAUGACUGUUUGAUAAAAAUGGUGUUAUAUUUGCACACCCAGCCCUGAAAUCAUUUAUUUGAAGAUUAAUUGCCUAGAAAUGAGGCACAUCAGGCUAGGUGUUUAAAGUGAAAAAUUUUCUGAGCAAAUACCAAGUAAGAGAGAAAUCCAGGAAGAUGUUGACUGUUUAAAUGGUUCAAACAUCACAGGUUAUAUUUUUAUAAACAGAGCAUCACUAUAUUUGUAUUUAUGACCCAGUUUAUAUUAUUACCGGUAUAUUUUGUAUUUGAAAAUUUCACUUCAUGUUUCAGGCUUUAGAUACCAUUGUUUGGAUUUAUUUAAUAGAAAAAGGAAAUUGGUUCUUCAACUUGUAUGAUCAAGCACUGAAAUUUUGGUUGGAUUAUUUUCCUUUUUUUGUGUUAAGAUAGUAGAAACAAUUGAUGUACUUGAUGUCUUUCAUAGAAAGCCAUAAGAAAGCUAAAAAAUUAUGCUGCAUGAGGGCUGUGCUGUAUGGCACAAUCUCACUGCUGGGCAGUGCACCGAUAGUUUACAAUUCAAAUUUUACAUGACCUGCAAUAGGAUUGCUAAGUAUAUAUAAUAUUUUUUUUAGCUGGAGCUUUCAUAGAGAUGUCAAAACAUCUUUUCUUUGUUAAGAAGUACUAAAAUAGGACAGUUUUUUCUUGCUAUAAAUACUAAUUACCAUUUGGACUACCAAGGUGUAAGGAAUGGUUCAUAAUUAGACUGCAGAGCCUGUUAAUUAAUAGAUUGAUUCAAAAAUAUCUUUUCAAGACUUUUUCAGGGUCAUUUUGGGACAACUAUUAUCUCUAUAAAUACGAGAGAGCCGCUGUUAGCAGUCUUACACAGUAACGAGCUACAGUUCGCUACAUACUUUUGUAUUGUUUUGUUUUAUUAUUAGAGAAAAGUCCAAAGUUUUUUUUUAAGUUCUCCAAAAAUUUGCUAUGCUUUUGCGUUUUGUAUGACAAAAAUAACUUUGGAAAUGGAUGUACACUUGUUAUUUUAUAUAUUUACAAAAAAAUUGUUGGAAAACAGAAAUAGUUUCAGCAACUAAAGAUCUACUUUUUGUAUGUUCUUGUGUGUUGGUGUUGUUGAGGAAUGUAUUCCGGGAAUCGAAAAAGCGCAUGAUCUCCGUCCAAAAAUCAUUUGACUUUUACGUCUGUGACUAUGAAGAAGAUAUGGGAAAAUAAUACUUACGGCGGUGUAAGAUGGCAGAGUUACAUGUGUAUUAUAUGUUUAAACUCUCCAUUUUGAUCGAAAAAAAUAA